GUCUCUUCACUCCGGUUCGCGUUCGUACACGGUAUAAAGAGUAAUCCGCGUCUCGUACGUCGAGUGUGAAUGUGCUAGUUUUUUUUCCCCCGAACGAAAAAGAAACCUUUUUAGGCGACUUUUUUAUGGAACCCGCGCCCUUUCGGAAAGUUAUUCGUUAAAUUCGUUACCGAAAAACUAGGUUUUCUAGGAUUUCAGUGUGAUUCAAAUGGGGGCGUGUUCAUCGUAACACAAACAACGAGUGCUAUUGAGUUGCAAAAAAGAUCUCCCCCAAAUCAACUUUUUAUCUCUAUAGAUCUCGUCUCAACACUAACUAAUUGAACCAACCACCGCCUGUAGUUAUAAUGGCAGAUACAAGCCAAUCAGAAUUAAAAUCUCCUCCGCACACCAACGGUGUUCUACCAACGGACGGUAUCGAUGAAGAAGAUCGCGCGAAAAUGCGCCCCGCUGACAUAGACGCCGACGUAAAAGAAAUGGAACGUCGUAAACGUGUCGACAUGAUCAUGUCGAGUAAACUCUUCCGCGAGGAACUCGAGCGAAUCAUUGAAACCCAAUUAAAAGACGGCAGCGGAUCUGCAAGCGGACUUAUGCAACAAAUUUCGGAUAUGAUGGGUGUUGGUAAAACCGCUGGAAACACGUUUAAAGCUUCCAAUUGCGUCGUCCCGAUCAACGACAUCCGGGGAAUAGAAGCGAUGGGUUAUGCAAAAGGUGAAAAGAUUUUAAGAUGUAAAUUAGCGGCCGUUUUUAGAUUAGUCGAUUUGUACGGGUGGAGUCAGGGGACGAGUACGUUGAUAACUGCCAGACUGAAUCAAGAUGAAGAACAUUUUUUGGUCAAUCCGUACGGAAUGUUGUUCCAUGAAAUUACUGCGAGCAGUUUAAUUAAGGUGGAUAUGCAAGGACAGGUGGUUGAACAGGGAACGACAAAUUUUGGGGUGAAUAUAGCUAGCUUUUCAUUACACGCCGCCGUUCAUUCGUCGAGACCGGAUAUCAAGUGUAUUAUUCAUGUACGGACGCCAUCUGUUGUGGCUGUUUCCGCCCUUAAAUGUGGUAUACUCCCCGUCAGUGAACAAGCGGUUGUAAUUGGCGAAACUAGUACUCACGUACAUCUCGGCGGAAUCCUUUCCACCGAAGAAAUCGAAAAAAUCGCUCGGAAUCUUGGUCCAAACAACAAAGUUCUUAUCCUAACCAACCAAGGUAUCAUCUGCUGUGGCGAAACGAUUGAGGAAUGCUUCUUUAAUGCACGCAAUGCUGUUUUGGCAUGUGAACAACAACUAAAAUUGAUGCCAGUCGGCAUUGACAACUUGGUGCUAAUUACCGAUGAGCAACGCAAAAAACUUUAUGAUGCUGCGCACAAAGCACCCGAAAGCACUCCACGUCCGGACCAACCUAGCGUGCUUGAAGGAAAAGUAGAAAGAAAGUGGAGAGUUGGCGGUGUCGAAUUCGAGGCAUUAAUGCGAAUGUUGGAUAAUGCUGGAUUCCGUACAGGGUAUAUUUAUAGACACCCCUUGGUGAAAGGGGAACCACCUAAGCCGAGGAAUGACGUUGAAGUACCCCCUGCGGUAUCUUCAUUGGGGUAUUUGUUAGAGGAAGAAGAAUUAUACAGACAAGGAUUAUGGAAGAAAUUAGAAGGUGGCAAAAAAGGAAGCGACCGCACGAGAUGGUUAAACUCACCAAACGUCUACCAAAAGGUUGAAAUUUUGGAAACUGGCACGCCGGAUCCGAAGAAAAUCACUAAGUGGGUCACGGACGGAUCACCAACCCACUCGAGCACCCCGGUCAAAAUUGAGAGUGCCCUACAGUUUGUGCCGAAAAAUACCAAUCCUAAAGAAUUUAAGCUGCUUCAACAACAGAUUAAAGAUUAUAGAAGGGCUGAUAAAAUUUCCGCUGGGCCGCAGUCGCAUAUUUUGGAAGGAGUCACAUGGGAAGAAGCUAAGAAAAUGCAAGAUGCAACCGUUACUCAAACGGGCGAUCAAGUGGUGUUGAUGGGGGCAGCUUCCAAGGGGAUUAUUCAAAGAGGUUAUCAACACAAUGCAACAAUGUACAAGUCGCCUUACGCGAAAAAUCCGUUCGAUUGUGUUACUGACGAAGAAUUGGACGAAUAUAAACGAGUUGUUGAACGAAAAGCAAGAGGAGAAUUUGACGAUACGACGGAUUACAGCGAGUCAGAAGGGUUGUCUUCUGCACAAAUUAACAAGCGGAUAAGCGAUAUCCGAUCUCCUACAUCUGUAGCUAGCGAAACGGAAGAGGAAAGUAGGGACGAACCUCAAGUUUUGAGAAUAGAAACAACGCAGGCGCCGAAACCGAGCCAGCCGGAAGUAGUGAUGAGCGAUGAUGAUCCAAUAUCAGAUCAACAACAAUAUGAGGCGAUAGAGAAACUUAAAUCAGAAGCACUUCUUCAACAAUCACCAGUAAGCAGAGCGUCCAUACACAGCACAAAAAGUGAAAACACAGUAAAUGGUGAUCAAUCCGAUGCCCAUAUGAGCACAUUAUCUCAGAGUAGCAAAGAGGAUCGCUCUAUAUCGGAAGGAUCACCGAAAAAGGACAAGAAAAAGAAGAAAAAAGGAUUUAGGACUCCAUCCUUCCUAAAAAAGAACAAAGAGAAGAAAAUUCGCGAAGCAUAGAGUAUCACUGCCUUUAGACUUAUAUACGAAAGCGAAACAAAUU